GCGAUUCGCGUCCCGGAAGCGGCGGCGGCGGUGGCGGCGGCGGCGGCGUAGGCGGAGGAGAUUUUCGGACCUGCGACUUCCGAACAGCCCUGGCAGGAGGAGCGGCGUUCGGCCGGGGCAGGCCUGAAGAAACGCUCCGGGGCCCAGUGGCUCUACCCCUGCUCCUGCCCGACCCUGCCGCCUCCCUCACGGAGCCAGCGGCCGGGAAGGAUGCAGACAUCAGAACGUGAGGGGAGUGGGCCGGAGCUGAGCCCCAGCGUGAUGCCCGAGGCUCCCCUGGAGUCUCCACCUUUUCCUACCAAGUCCCCAGCGUUUGACCUUUUCAACUUGGUUCUCUCCUACAAGAGGCUAGAGAUCUACCUGGAACCCUUGAAGGAUGCAGGUGAUGGUGUUCGAUACUUGCUCAGGUGGCAGAUGCCUUUGUGUUCCUUGCUGACCUGCCUGGGCCUCAACGUCUUGUUCCUCACUUUGAAUGAGGGUGCAUGGUACUCAGUAGGUGCCCUGAUGAUUUCAGUGCCCGCCCUGCUGGGCUAUCUUCAGGAGGUUUGCCGGGCACGGCUGCCUGAUUCCGAGCUGAUGCGGAGGAAGUAUCAUAGCGUGAGGCAGGAGGACCUGCAGAGAGUUCGCCUGUCUCGUCCCGAGGCCGUGGCUGAGGUGAAGAGCUUCUUGAUCCAGCUGGAGGCCUUCCUGAGCCGCCUGUGCUGCACCUGUGAAGCCGCCUACCGCGUGCUGCACUGGGAGAACCCCGUCGUGUCCUCACAGUUCUAUGGGGCUCUUCUGGGCACAGUCUGCAUGCUGUAUUUGCUGCCACUCUGCUGGGUCCUCACCCUUUUAAACAGCACGCUGUUUCUGGGGAAUGUGGAGUUCUUCCGAGUUGUGUCUGAGUACAGGGCAUCUCUGCAGCAGAGGAUGAACCCAAAGCAGGGAGAGCAUGCCUUUGAGAGUCCUCCACCACCAGAUGUUGGGGGGAAGGGUGGUCUGAUGGACAGCACACCUGCCCUCACACCCACGGAGGACCUCACACCGGGCAGCGUGGAGGAGGCUGAGGAGGCUGAGCCAGAUGAAGAGUUUAAAGAUGCGAUUGAGGAGGAUGAUGAGGGCGCCCCGUGCCCAGCAGAGGAUGAGCUGGCCCUGCAGGACAACGGGUUCCUGAGCAAGAAUGAGGUGCUGCGCAGCAAAGUGUCUCGGCUCACGGAGCGGCUCCGCAAGCGCUACCCCACCAACAACUUUGGGAACUGCACGGGCUGCUCGGCCACCUUCUCAGUGCUGAAGAAGAGGCGGAGCUGCAGUAAUUGUGGAAACAGCUUCUGCUCUCGAUGCUGCUCCUUCAAGGUGCCCAAGUCCUCCAUGGGGGCCACAGGUGAGUGGUGCAGGUGGUGGGAGGGCUUGAUUGGUAUCCCGCCAAGGGGAUGUCACGUUGUGGCAAAGGGGCAAGGGUGUCAGAGGUCAAGGGAACUUGGGAUUGUAGUCAGGCCUACGGGAACGUUUCCUCCAUCCCCUUUAGCAAAAUCCUGAAACAUUUCGUACAUGCCGAAGAAUAGAUAUGAUGUACCUGUGAAUUGUGAAGGGUAAUAACAAGAUGAAUACCUGUGGCCGCUUCACUAAAGUUGAAAAACAAGAGCCCUGGCAACACCCCCGCAGCUCCCAGCACUGCUCCUGCCUUCCUGGAGUCAAUCACCAACCGCAGUUUUAAUCUUUUUCUUAUUUCCUUGGCACUUUGAACAAAAUUAAAAAUUCCUUUUUUUCCUUUUAUAAAAUAUAAAAUAUUUCCUAUACAUAUUGUAAAUAAAAAACACAGAUAAGCAAAAGGAAAAAAAAAUUCCUGAUUUCUUCCUGAGAGAACAAUCGGGCAUGGACCCUGCUGCUCAUUAGCUUGCAUGUAGAAUAAAAGCGCAUGCAUAUUCCUGAAAAAUGUGGUCACAUUUCAUGUACCGUUUUGUAAUAUAAUGUUAAACCAAGUUUUUUUUUUUUUUUUUUUUUGAGACGGAGUUUCACUCUUGUUGCCCAGGCUGGAGUGCAGUGGUACGGCCUUGGCUCACCACAACCUCUGCCUCCUGGGUUCAAGCAAUUCUCCUGCCUCAGCCUCCCAAGUAGCUGGGAUUGCAGGCAUGCGCCACCACACCUGGCUACUUUUGUAUUUUAGUAGAGACGGGGUUUCUCCAUGUUGGUCAGGCUGGUUUCGAACUCCUGACCUCAGGUGAUCUGCCCGCCUUGGCCUCCCAAAGUGCUGGGAUUACAGGCAUGAGCCACCGCCCCCAGCCCAAGUUCUUUUUUCUUCCGAUGCAAGUAACAUAUGCUUACUAACUAGAAAAUUUGGAAAUUAUUAUACAGAAGAAGAAGGAAGAGAAAAAUAACCUGGUAAUCUUACCACCCAGAGGUAACCGCUGUUAAAACAUUUUGGGAAAUUUCACUGUGAUAUUUUACUUAUUCUAUUUUUUUGAGACAGAGUCUCGCUGUGUCGCCCAGCCUGGAGUGCAGUGGCGCCAUCUCGGCUCACUGCAACCUCCGCCUCUUGGGUUCAAAUAAUUCUUGUGCUUCAGCCUCCUGAGUAGCUGGGAUUAUAGGCAUGCACCACCAUGCCUGGCUAAUUUUUGUAUUUGAUAUUUUAUUUAAAAAUUUUUGAAGGUGUUCUGUUGGUGCCACAAUAAUGUCUAAUUCAUAGCACAGGAGUGGCCUGCUGUUGGCAUCAUCACCCCCAGGAUCCCCAGUUCCCAUGGAAAGAAGAGUCUCUGCGGGCAGGCUAGCAAGCUGGGCAGGGAGGGUGUGGGCUGGGUGGGGGGUCUGUGUGGGGCAUUUGGGAGGGUGCUUCUAGUAGUUGGGGCCAUGAACCAAAGGGCACAAGGAAAUGUCUCACCAAGUUCUUCCUCCUUUUCAGCCCCUGAAGCCCAGAGGGAGACUGUGUUUGUGUGUGCCUCGUGUAACCAGACCUUGAGCAAGUGAGAAGAGAGGCCAGGGUCCAACCAGGCACCCGUCCUUGGGGCCAGCAGUAGACCCCCCACUCUCCCCACCCCUGGCCCACUGUGGUGUGUGCUGGGCAAAUGUGGCCUGAAUGCUAGGUAGGCUUCCCCUUCCUUCCUCACUCUCUCCAGCUGGAUUCUGGAGCUGUUCUCCACCCAUGAGAGUGGCUGGCAAUGGCUGCUCUCAAUCCCUUGAGGGAGAAGAGCCCCUGGAGGGCCUGGCAUGUUUGCCCUGCUCUGCUUGGGACUGAGCGAGUGGACUUAGGGCUGGGCAGGCAGUAGCCACCAGAGGGCAGCAGCGAACUAGGCCAGGCCUGACUGGGGUCCGAAGAUCAGGGUCAGUGUGGCUAUGCCUGGGAAUUCCAGACCUGAGGUUGGGAAAAGAGGUUUUUCUCCUGCAGGAUACUGGGCCAGGCCCUCAGCCUCAGAGAGCCUGCAGAAGGGCUUGGGAGUGCCACACCCCAUCUCUGCUGAUUGAAUGUCCCUCCAGGCACCAGGAUCUCAUCUUUUCCCCAUUAGAGGGUAUGGCCAGGCCUAACAAGACCAUGGGUGCUUCUAGAAACAGGGUUGAAGUUCCCAGAUUCCCUGAGAGGAGAAUGUGUGUAGGAGGGUUUGGCUGAGUCCUUCAGCGUUAAGUGGAGGAAAGCUUGGGGAAGCCCCAAUAGCUGGACAGACCUCAGCCUCCCCUCGAAGACACCUCAAUUCACAGACUCUCAGCCCACACAAUGCCCCAGUAUCCCCAGCUCCGCUGGAGCAGCUGCAGGGCACUUGGAUCACAACUUCUGCACCCUCUGUCCAGAGUCUAGGGCAGUCCUCCACUGGCCCAGCACUCCAGUUUCCUUUCCCUGCCUCUUGUCCAAUGGAGUGGGAGGCCAGGUGAGUGGAGCAGAGGUCCUGAAGCCCUUGACCCCUGGGGGCCUGGGUAGUGUAGGAUCUCGCUGGGCUGGGUCCUGGAUUCCAGGGCUAUUCCCUGGAGGACAGUCUCAGUUAUGGGAUAAGGCCCCUUGGGGGUCUCCAUUUCUUUCCAACAGUUUCAUGUUCACUACUGGACUCUUACGGGCUCAGUAUCUCUCUCUUAGCCAUGAGCUGGCUCAGGCAUCCCUUGCCUUCCCUGGAGCUGCCCUGCCUUUCUAAAGUAUUUAUUUAUUUAUUGCAUGGUUCCUGGGAACAGGUAGCACAAGUAAUGGGAUGAGGAGGAAUUGGGGGUGGGGGUCUCCUACCUAGGACUCUUCCCUGGAGUCGUGGGCUGCCUGGGACCCAGGACCCACGAGGGGGCUGAGAGGUUUCUACACUCGAGGAGCAGGGGUCCAGAGAGGCAGGCUGGGGAGGCAAGGGACCCAUCCUAGGCCCGCUUUCUUGCCGAGCCAAGCAGCUUAGCUGGGGCUGUGCAGCCAGGGGCCUACCCAGGCCAGUGGAGGUGCCACAGCCCUGGGGAGCCAGGCAGGCUUUGGUAUCGUAUCGCCUCUGUGUCCUUUUAAGAGAGGAGAGUUCAGUACCCCGUGCUUUCUUUACACUGGAGAGGAACUAAAAGGAUCUCUGUGUCUGUGGAGAAUUGUCAAUAAAAAGGCCUCAAGCUUC